AUGGCCGCGGCCUCGCCUCCGAUCCUCCCCACCACGGUGGUCCCGGCCGCCGCACCCUCCUCCGCGGACGCCACCGACACCAACCCAGCGGCGAUCCGGGCGUUCCUCUCGCGCCUCCUCGACACCACCCGUCGCGCGCUCUCCGGCGCGCGGCCCUGGUCCGAGCUGGCGGACCGCUCAGCUCUCUCCCGCCCAGACUCCCUCGCGGAGGCCACGUCCCGCCUCCGCAAGAACCUGGCCUACUUCCGCGUCAACUACGCGUCGGUCACCGCGCUGUGCCUGGCCGCGGCGUUGCUGGCGCACCCGUUCUCGCUGGCCGCGCUGCUGCUGCUGCUCGCCGCCUGGUGCCUCCUCUACGUGCUCCGCCCCGCCGACGCGCCGCCCGUCGCCGCGUUCGGCCGCACCUUCUCUGACCGCGAGGUGCUCGGCGGGCUCGUCGCCGCGUCCGCCUUCGUCGUCUUCCUCACGUCGGUCGGGUCGCUCAUCUUCUCCGCGCUGGCACUGGGUGCGGCCGUCGUCUGUGCGCACGGCGCCUGCCGCGUGCCUGAGGACCUGUUCCUCGAUGAGGUUGUUGACCAGGGUGCUGGUGGCGCUGGUAACCCGCUGCUGUCGUUCAUCGCCUCCGCCCCCGGGGGGCGUGUCUGA